UUUCCACCGUUCCAUUUCGAUGCUAACUCAUCGACGCUAAUUUGACGGAUAUACAAAACUAAAGAAGAUUUAUAAUGUUAAAAUCAACAAAAUUAAAUAAUCAAGCUAUAAAACGGUUUUUAAUGUUACCCGAGCAGCCAUAGAAUUGGUUAUUUUCCCACAUUCGGAUUACGGUCAUACUGUGGCAAUCAGCUGUUCGCAACCGCAUUAUUUUGUUUUGAUUUACCAUGUCUGAGGCCGAAGAAAAGUGUCAUUUUUGCCGGGAAGCGCCUUUCAAGUACACCUGCCCCAAGUGCAAUGCCUUGUACUGCAGCGUUGGAUGCUACAAGUCAAAGGAGCACCUAAAAUGCUCAGAGGAAUUCUACAAGUCUUGCAUACAGGACGAACUGGCCGGGGCCGCGACAACGCCGGACAAGCAGGAAGAUAUGAGAAAGAUCUACGAUAUUUUGAAGCGAAUGCGGGAAACUGAUGGCGGCUUCAAUCCCCAAGAUUUUGACACAGAUGGGUUGGAGACCACCUUGGAUUCAGAUGAAGGCGAAGAUCCCCAACAUGAAGAUGCUGAGGAUGAUGGCGAAGAGGAGGGGUUUGCGGGUGAAGAAGGUGAAGAAACUCUUGAGGAUGAAAUGGAGAAAGACAUUGCAGCUCGACUGAAAGGCAUCGAUAUCAAUGAUGCCGAUGAAGUUUGGAGUCGGCUAACAACGGAGGAGCAAGAGGAAUUCCAGAAACUAAUCACCAGCGGCGACAUCAUGAAGCUCAUGCCUGAUUACAAGCCGUGGUGGAACAAGGCCAAGAACUCAAAGAUUGUGGUUAUUCCUUCGCCGGAAGAAGCUGCAAAAAAAGAAAGCUCCAUGCCAGAGAUAUGUGGGAGCAUAGCGAAGUUCUCGGACAUCUGCAAAAAGGUACCGUCGCCCUGUCUGCAUUACAAUUUGUGGAAUAUCCUCAGUGCCUACGCCUGCGUGGCUCGAUUCUUUGGCGGCGAGCAGAGAACCAAUGCCAGCGAAGCUGUAGCUCACCUGGUGAAUCUAAGCGCCACUCUAAAGUAUGGCACCAACUUCGAGGAUGCUGAAGAUGCCAUCAUCUCCGUGGAGAUGGAAGCCAUAACUACGGGAAAUGGUCCGGCCGGAGCAGCGGCCGUGGGAAGUGCUGGAGCUGGCUCCAACUUUUUAGUCGAGAGCAGAGAGCAGCUGCAGCAGGAUGCUCGCCAGCUUAUGGGCAUGAGGGAAAAUAAGCUGGCUGCCCUAAGUGACAUUCUUCACCUGCUGCAGCAGACCAAGGCAAUGAGCAAGCGUAAGAAUCCUCAGGAGGCAGAGUUCCAGAAAAUAUUUGCCUUGGCUAGCGGCAGUGUGGAGCUGGACCGUACGAAACUCUCCCAGCUGGCCCGAAAGGUAGAAUUCAUGCUAUCUUAUGUUGCGCGUGAGGAAGUCCUGUGAGAUUUCCGUCAGUAUACAUUAACAUUUUUCAAAAUCCAACCGUUUUUUCACUCAUCUCUUUAAUUGGGCUUC